AAUGCAGAUCCACUCGGUAACCUGAAUUUAUCACAAUCUUCGUCCUUUCACACAUUUUUCUGUGGGGCCCAUAUGAAAAUUAACCAGCCCAUAAGGCCAAAUAUCUAUUCCUUACUGGAAUGACAUAUCUAUAAGAUAUGACAUUUAUUUGGAGUUUCUUUUGCUAGGAGCUGGUAAGAGUGACAUUUGAAAACAGGCACAUUGUUUUAACAUUAUUUAGUUUGCUUUUAAUUGUAUACGUAAAUAUCACUGCGAAUAUGAACAUUAUUCAUAUUAUUUGUAAUAUAAUAAAAAAUCCAGUUGCAUCCCUCUUAACAUUUGCAAGGAGGGGAGUGGGCGUUGAAAGAACACGGUCAUUUUAGAAAAGCGUUUAUAACGGUCUAUUUCUAAUGCAAAGAAAUGUACCACGAUUGUGGUUCGUAAAUAUUUAAUGACUAUUUACACAUUAAAGUGCCGGUAUUAGUGGAGGAAGUUUAGAAGUUAUGCAAAUACGAACUGUUCCCAAAUCGUUGUGACCUUCGUGAGCUCCCUGCGAUGUUAACCUUUAGUGACCCCCAGUGGACGGAACUUGCAUUUACAGUCUUGCAUUCAAGGCCGUUUCAAUAGAGUGUUUUAGGCACAAAAACCUUUAUGUUAUUCACGUUAAAACGGCCGGCAUCUAAUAUUAAAUUAAUGAUUCCAAAGCUGCUUCAACUGUGGGAUUAUGGCAUGAAACCGUAAAAAGGAUCUUGAUGUCUACGUAGGCCUAUUAAGAUGAACAAGGAAUUAAGAAAAGACAAAUCUGAGCGUGCAAUAAAUUGAGUUUACAGUAAGUUAAAGUCGGUAUAGUCUUCGAGUGCCAGUUAUUUUAUUUAAACUUCUGAAUGGACGCCGCUAAUCACCAUGACAACCGCAGUAUAAGCCGAAGCUGGCGCGUGAAGUGCCCAUGUUACCCACUUGCAGCAUAUUCGCCCCCUGAAAUAGGGGAUCCCGCAUUGCUCGGUGCCUUUGAAGCCCCACUGUGUAUCCGAGAGAGAACCGGACUGCACCGGACCAAUGAACAGAAGGCAAUUCACAGCAACUUUCCCUUUGGUUAUCUAACCCGUACACGUUAAGAUCCAUUCACAAUCUGGAAACGGGCAACGAGAACGUUUUAUAAGUGUACCAUUCAUCUGCUAACAUCAGUUGCUUGACUGGACUCAGAAAGACUUUUUUUCUGCUGCUGGUCCUUUUCCCUCCGGCAGGCCAUGUUCUCCCUGUCAGAGCUGUCGCCCCUAAGCGAGCCGCAGGUGAGCCACAGGCUGCUGAAGCCGUGGUGGGAGGUCUUCAUGGACUAUCUGGUGAUGCUGAUGCUAAUGCUAUCAGUGAUAGCAGGGACACUGCUGCUGUCGCGAGACGGGGUGGUUUGCCUCCCAUCCGACUCGUUAGACCCGGCCGAGCUGCAGUCAGAUGUCCAAAGCGCCUCUACACAGACCCACAUCUCACUAACCUCUGUUCCGAUCUCCUCCGACAUUCAGAGACCAGACUCCCUCAGAGAUCCCGCCCAGCCCCCGACCCCACAGGGUCGGCGCACGAACCUGGACUUCCAGCAGUACGUGUACGUCAGUCAUGUGUGCCACCACGAGUCGCUGCCCUGGUAUUCCCGCUUCUUCCCCUAUGUGGCGCUGCUGCAGUCCCUGUUGCUCCUCGCCAGCGGCUGCUUUUGGUUCCACUUUCCCCGCACGUCCGCCCGCAUCGAGCAUUUCAUCGCGAUCCUGGGCAAGUGCACGGAGUCGCCUUGGACCUCCCGCGCUCUUUCGCGUGCCGCCCAGAUGGAUGCCACCGGGCGCCCAGUAGAAGAGGCGGGGUCUGGCCAGCCCCCCUCCCAGUCUCCCUCCCUAGGCAGGCGCUCCAGCCUGGAUUCGGGCACCGACAGCCCCCAGAUACCGCGGCCCGGCUGCGUGUCGGCACUCCCCAGCGUGCCCCCAUCCCCCUGUCCCUCCAUCCAUUCCUGCUCCUCCUCCCUCUCCUCCCUGCCAUUCUGCCCCGUCUCCACAGCACCCAAAUACACCAUGACCCCGAGUAACCCCCCGCGGGCGGCCUGCCUGGACCGUAGCGAUGGGGAGCAGGCCAGAGCGCUCUUCGAGCGGGUUCGCAAGUUCCGCGCUCACUGCGAGACCUCUGACAUCAUCUUCCAGGUGUACAGACUUCAGACAGUGUUCAAAGUGCUGAUGGUCGUGCUGAUCUUGAGCUACACGGCUCCACUGCUGGAGUCCAUCUCAUUCAGCCAUACCUGCCAGCCGCAGGUUCAUGCCUUAACGGGCUACAGCUCCUUCCAUUGCACCCACCACCUGGCCCCUGUUCUCCGCCAUCUGGUGCUGACCUACAUGACACUCCUCUGCCUCUUUGGCCUGCUGGGCAUCUACGCCUUGAGGUGGAUCUGCAACAGGUCACUGUGGAGCUACUCCUUCCAGCGGCUGCAUGAGGCCGGGUCCAUGCGGGACGUCCCGGACCUCUGUAACGACCUCGCCUUCCUGCUGCACAUGGCCGACCAGUACGACCCACUCCUGGCCCAGCGCCUUGCCGUGUUCCUGUCGCCCGUCAGCGAGACGUGUCUCCUGGAAGAGAACCUGGAGAGGAACUGGGGCAUCGACCGACUGCGAUGCAUGAUCAGUCCCGACGCCCAUGGCCGCCCCUCGCUGCAGCUGGUGGCUCUGCCGCGCCUCCCGCCUGCACUGUUCUCCCUCAGCCAGCUGGAGGUGCUCAAACUGGAGCUCAUCACAGACGCCAAGCUGCCCGCCCCGCUGUCCCACAUGACCUCCCUCAGAGAGCUGCACCUGUACCACUGCACCGCCGAGGUGGAACCCGCUGCCCUGGCCGUGCUACAGGAGCGCCUGGACCGUCUCCACCUGACGUUCAGCCACGGGUCCGAGAUACCGGCCUGGGUGUACACGCUGCGGGGGCUGCAGGAGCUGCACCUCAUCGGCCGGCUGAGUGGGGAGAGCGGCAUGCACCGGGGCUGGGCGCUGGGCAGCCUGAGGCAGCUCCGCCACCUACGGGUGCUGGUCCUGAGGAGUGGGAUGCUGCAGCGUCUCCCGGGGGAGCUGGGUGAGGUGGCGGGCAGCCUGGCGCGGCUGGAGGUGCAUAAUGAGGGCGCGCGCCUGCUGGCGCUGACAGGACUGCGGCGCCUUGCCGGCCUGGAGGAGCUGAUGCUGCACGCCUGCCAGCUGGAACGCCUGCCUUCUGCCCUGCUGGGUCUGGCCAGCCUGCGCAACCUCGAUGUGUGCCACAACUGCCUGCGGACGCUGGAGGAGCUGCUGGGCCUGCAGCACCUGCGCAGGCUGGCACAUCUGCGGCUGGCCCACAACCGCGUGCUGGCGGUACCCGCCAGCGUAGGGGCACUGCGCAACCUGGAGCUGCUGGACCUUUCGCACAACCAGUUGCGGGCCCUGCCACCCACGCUGUUCACCCUGCGCCGCCUGCGGUGCCUCCUGCUCGCCAGCAACCUGCUGGAGGAGCUGCCAGCGGAAGUGGGUGCACUGGCACUGCUGGUAGAGCUGGAUCUGAGUGCCAACCAGCUGGAGCAGCUGCCGCCCGAGUUGUUUUCCGGGUGCCCUCGGCUCAGCAACUUGGCCGUGGCCCACAAUUCCCUGGGCGCCCUGCCACCUGGUUUGGGGACCCUGACACAGCUCUCCAAACUGGACCUGGUGGGGAACUGCUUGGUGAGCCUGCCUGCUGAACUGGAGGGCUGCAUCGGGCUGCAGGGAGGCGGCUUGCUGGUUGAGGACUGGCUGCUCCAUUCCUUGCCCCCACGCAUCAGGGAGUUCCUGUCGCGGCCUGUCACCUCUGCCAGCUCGCGUCUGGAUUCUGACGGCUUCCCAGCUUUCUCCACGGCGCAGUGGCGCUUCCUGUCUGAGUCUCAGAUAUAGAGCAGAAGACCCCGGGACGGCUGCACGCGACUCGCAGGCCAUGCAUAGCCGCCAAGCAUACGGCUGUGAAGACCACGCCGCAACAUUUAUUUAAGUGUGCUGCUGUGAGGGAUGUUGUACCAUCGUUUGUCUUGCGAGUGGUCCUCAUCUUCUGCGGCCUGAUUUUUGCCACAAAGCCACAGCAUCAAUAUAAUACACAAAGGCCAUGACAACAGAAAAGCAACAUGAGCCACUUUUCUGAUAGAGAACAAACAAGAAAACAGAUGCUGAAUUUCCCACAAUAGGUAUCACACAGAUCCCCUGUGUACAUCUAUAUUUAUACUUAUAUUCUAUCACUGAAUCACAUCUGAAGAUGUUUUCAGUAUGAAAGCUGCUUGCCAAGAAACUGACAGCUGGUCUAACUCACCAUCUCCUGAGCUGAUUUAGAGAAGAGGGCAUUCGCGUACAUCCUUUCUGUUAUUGUCAGCUUCUCUGUCAGUCAGACACAAUGCUCAGAUCCCCAAGUGUACAGUUUGAAUGGAAUGUUUGAGCCGGGGCGCUAAAUGUCUCAGACACAGAGGAGAAUUGAAUCACAGCGGAGGGGGGCAUGUAGCUCGGCAUGGGGACCUGCUCUCCAAUAACUACAGCGUUGAAAAUUCAAAGGUUUACACAUUUUCCUCGUGCUUGUCUGUACUACCUUCUGGUUCUCCAGUUUUCUUCCUACAAAGAUAUUAAUACUGGUGUGACGGGUGAAUGUAUGUGUGGAUGAAAGAGCAGGACUGUAAAUAAACCUGCCUACAUGAAGCAUGUCAGUGGGUAAAAGUUAUCGCUACGCAUUUAUUGUUACAAAUUAUUUUGAAAAAUAAAAAAAUUCAACUAAUGCUUCGUGGAUAUAGAGUAUUUCAACAUGGUUUGUUCACCAAAUGUCUGUAACCCUCCUAUGCUGUACUACGACU